UUCAUGGUAGUGGUGGGUUUACCUUCGAUAUCGACGCGUAAGAACUUAUUUGCCAAAGUAACGACUAUGGUCAACGUACUGGUAUACUGGUGAAUCGACGUUUGCCUCCGGGUCGACGAAACGUACGCGAUAAUGUAGCCUGUGUGAUCGAACGGUUCUGAAAAUAAAUACGGAAAAUACACGCGUUCGUUUCGGUUUCUCGUGAAUGAUUUCUGUUCCGAAUCGCGGCUCGUGAUGAGAGACAAUUUCACUUCUGUGUGACCGGUGCCCGCGCAAACUUUUCGAGGCUCUUCAAAAAUGCGUUCAAAUUCAAAAACACACCCGAACAGACGGUGAAAUCCAAACCGAAGGCGCGACGACUUCUCGGCAUGACGUCGCGACGCUUUUCCACUAGUCCGGAGAUAGCAUCGCCAUCUGUCGACAAAGAGAACAGUAAUGUCUCUUGCAGCCCACACGGUAUCAGUCCGCAAAAGGCUGUGGUCGGCAAGAGAUGUCGCUAUCCGCUGGAGGAUUGCGACCCGAACAGUCAGGACAGCGGAUACGAGGCGAGCUACCCGGACAAGGAAGAGAAGCCCCAGGAUGGGUUUCAGUUUUUGGAGCCUUUGGCCGUUGCCCCGCGUCGAAUGUCGAUCGAGUCGCGCAGCCCGAUGGAGUCGCCGGUUCGUUCGUCGCCGCAGCGAUUACGAAUGACGCGACCGUCCCUCUUCCGGAGCCUCUCGUCCGGCUACGAAAGCAUGGACGACGGUUUCAACGACCUGAUCGACAUGGAGGCUUUGGACGACACCACACAGCUACCGAACGGCAUCUCCACCCUACUCUGCGGCGAUAUCGUCGGUAACGUCACGCUUACCGACGCGUCUGACUAUAAAAUAGACUCGAGCAGCCCGAGCACGCCGGAAUUCCCUCGUACAAAUCGCACCGGCAACUUCAGGCGAUCGCUGUCGUUUCAGAGCGAGAAGCCGGAGACACGUAAGAACCUGUCGCUGUCGAAAGUACGCUCGUGUCUGUUUCGUUCGCCCAACGGGGCUACGUCGACGGCGGAGCUGAGCCCGGACGAGAGGAGCCCGUUGACGAUGUCGCUAUCCGCGAACCGUCGUCGACGAAUCGCGUACGGGGACGAGAACGCGCUCAACAACGCUCUGUCCCUGUUCCCGAUGUCCAUCAGGACGUUCAAACGGCCGGAUCCCCCGCCCAUGGACGAUAGUCCGAAACUAGUCAAAAGGUUGAGGAGAUCCAGCACCAGCUUCCUAGACGCGAUCAGGGAAUGCAGCAGCACCGACACGCCGGCCUUGAAUCCAAGGUUCGCGGCCGUUCCGCUGCAGAGGAGCCUGUCGGAGACCGUCACCACGACGAUCGCGACAAAAACGGAAACGCACGCGCUGAUCAAGUCCGCCAUUCACCGCAGCACCACCGACCUGGACCUGACCGGCGACUUCAGCAAACCGUGCGUUCUGCCGUUGGCUACCGGUCAACACGAGGACCUCAAGUCGAUCUCCACGGACACCCUCGCGGCCCUGAUACGCGGCGAGUUCCAGGAUCGAAUCGGCUCGUUCCAGAUCGUCGACUGUCGGUACCCGUACGAGUUCGACGCCGGUCACAUCCAAGGCGCACAGAACCUCUACAGCAAGGAUCUCAUCGAACGGAUCCUGCUCGACCCGAUGAAGAGCUCGCCCGAGAUACAACCGGACACCAACAAGAGAAACGUCUUGGUGUUCCAUUGCGAGUUCUCGUGGGAGCGCGGGCCGAAUCUGUCGCGGUUUCUGCGCAGCUUGGACCGUCAACGGAACAAGGAGCACUAUCCUGCUCUGCAUUACCCCGAGCUCUAUCUGCUGCACGGCGGUUACGAGCAGUUCUACAAGGAGCAGAAAUUGUUGUGCACGCCGCAAGGUUACCGACCGAUGAGACAUCCCGACAACGAGGCGGAUCUCAGACAGUUUCGAAGCAAGAGCAAAAGCUGGCAGGGCGAGAAAUCGAGGAUCACACCCAGCGUGACGCGAACCAAUCUGAAGCGUUUAGGUUUUUGA